AUGGAGUGUUUAUUAAACAUUCUUAAUUGUUUUUAUUUUGCAAAACAUUAUUUAAAAUCUGUCUGUCCUAAGGACUCUCAAGAGUUCCUGCGUUGUCUGAUGGACCAACUUCACGAGGAGCUCAAGGAGCCCAUUCCUGAACCUGAGGACCCAAACCAGGCUGUGGCCAUGGAUGACAGUCCCGACGAGGACAACCACAGCCAAUCAGACGACUUCCAGACCUGCGAGUCUUGCGGCUGCAGCGAUCGUGCUGAUAGCGAAGGCCCCAGAGUCCCAGAAGACAUUAAUGAAGCUGAGAUGCUGAUUUCAGAGCAGAUCCAAAACAACCGAGAUUGGCAGAAAGAGAAGAAUCUAAUCAACAACCUGUACCGUGCCGGUUCCCAUGGCGACCUGGAUAAAGACGUGGACACCACCAAUGAGUCGAGGCCAAUCAUCAGCAGCCAAGGAGCCAUUAAAGCUCAGGGCCGAAAUUCUGAUUCAAACCCUGAAAUCCAGGUCAGCAGUACCAUCAGACCACAGAGUCCCAGUGGAAAUGAGGGUGUCACAUCUAGACUGUCCAGCAGUCCUCCCAAAUCCUCAAUGUGGCCAAGCCUGAGCUCUACUCACAAGAAAGUACCCUUGUUCACCCCACCAAAGAGUAAGCGGCAGAGGAAAUAUCGCAGCAUCAUCUCUGAAGUGUUCGACGGCACCAUUGUCAGCUCAGUUCAGUGCCUGACCUGUGACAGGGUUUCAGUGACUUUGGAGAACUUCCAGGACAUCUCUCUGCCCAUCCCAGGGAAAGAGGACCUUGCCAAGCUGCACUCUUCCUCCCACCAGACGGCUCUAGUCAAGGCUGGUUCGUGUGGAGAAGCCUACGCCCCUCAAGGCUGGAUUGCUUUCGUCAUGGAAUAUAUCAAGAGUUGGUUCUGGGGGCCUGUGGUCACGCUGCAGGACUGUCUGGCUGCUUUUUUUGCAAGGGAUGAACUAAAAGGAGACAACAUGUACAGCUGUGAAAAAUGCAAGAAGUUACGGAAUGGAGUCAAAUUCUGCAAAGUUCAGAGUUUGCCAGAGAUUUUGUGCAUUCAUCUCAAGCGCUUCAGACACGAACUUAUGUUCUCCACCAAAAUCAGCACUCAUGUGUCCUUCCCUUUGGAAGGCCUCGAAAUGCAGCCCUUCCUGGCCAAGGACUGCUCCGCCCAGACCACCAACUACGACCUGCUGUCAGUCAUCUGUCACCACGGCACUGCCAGCAGUGGCCACUAUAUUGCCUAUUGUCGGAACGAGCUGAACCAGCAGUGGUACGAGUUUGAUGACCAGAGUGUUACUGAGGUGUCUGAGUCCUGUGUUCAAAACGCUGAGGCAUAUGUGCUCUUUUACAAGAAGAGUAACGACGAGACUCAGAAGGCGAGGCGGAAGGUGUCCAGUCUGCUCAACAUGAUGGAGCCAAGCCUCCUGCAGUUCUACAUUUCUCGCCAGUGGCUGAACAAGUUCAAAACCUUCGCUGAGCCAGGACCCAUCUCCAACCAUGACUUCCUGUGUGCCCACGGCGGUGUUCCUCCAAAUAAAGCCUCAUUUAUUGACGAUCUGGUUAUGAUGCUUCCCCAAAAUGUAUGGGAUCAUCUGUAUAGCAGGUACGGAGGCGGCCCCGCUGUCAAUCACUUGUAUGUCUGCCACACCUGCCAGAACGAGAUCGAGAAGCUGGAGAAACGCCACAAGAAUGAGCUGGACAUGUUUGUUCGGCUCAACAAGGCGUUUCAGGAGGAGGAGUCUCCUGUGGUGAUAUACUGUAUCAGCAUGCAGUGGUUCCGGGAAUGGGAAGGUUUUGUCAAAGGCAAGGACAUUGACCCACCAGGACCAAUUGAUAACUCCAAGAUUGCUGUAAAUAAAAAUGGACACAUCGCAUUAAAGCCAGGUGCUGAUUCAGGUCAGAUAUCUGAAGAGACCUGGAACUUCCUCCAUUCCAUCUACGGAGGAGGGCCAGUGGUGACCGUGCGGCCCAGUGUCAGCCAUCAGGAGGCCGAAACAUCUCAAGCAGAGGAGAAGAUCGAAGUGGAGACACGUUCAGUGUAGUUUUGCUGAGAUGCUGCUAGACCACAAGGCGACCUAGAAACACUUAUUAUUUUGCACUUCACUUUUGUUUUCAAGCGUUCAAGUAAAGGACCUACAGCUUCACCUCAGCAUACACAUCUCUGCCACACUCUCGAUACCCUUUAUGACUGUUCUUUAUAGCAGAUGGAUGGAUUAAACAUCCUCCAGUGUGCUUUCUUUGUAUAUAACAUACAUAUCCACUUCCUCUUGACACUAGAAACCAAGUAGACUUAAGGCACAUUUUCACAGUUCAUUUGAUUUCUAUGUGCAGCUGCGUUCAUGACAGAUUUUGCUUCACCCAAGCCAAAUAGAACAUGAUUUGUGUACACCGAAAAUGAAUUCCACUGCAUCUAGAUAUUUUUGAGGUACUGCCUCAAUUAAGAAAAUGAAAGAACAUGUUGUCUUAGUGGAUGAAAUCUUCAUGUUUUGGGUAUGAAGGGAUACUAAAUGCUACGUAGUCUCAGGAAAGAACUUAUUAUUUUUUGCACUGUACUGUAGAUUCAAAAGCGUGCAUGCUUCAGCUCUGAUGCUCGAUAUGUAUUUGAAUGUACUAGUACUUAAAGAACACGUUUCUGCACUAAAUGUUAUUUAUUCCAGAGGGGUAUGAUCAUUCUGGCAUUCAUGAACGUUUUCUUUGUUCGAAAAUGAUUCGACAAGCUAAAUCGAAGCAGAAUGCACGCUAAUUGGAAUGAUGUGGCACAUUACGCUGGCAAGAAAAUCGAUUCCUCAUUUCUAUUUGUGCUGCAUAGCUGUGCCGCUGGGUUGCAUGGAGAUGCAAACAAUUUGAACACAUCAAUGGCUGUCUUGUUUAAAAAUGCUAUGUAAAAGGAAAUCCGAUCAAUUAAAUCCUCCUGCCUCAUGUGUACAUUCAAGGCAUUAUUUAAUGUAUAGAAGGAUGUGAAGUCAUUUGUCAAUAUUAAUUGUCCGCAGAGAUUAAAGCUGUAUCUGAGUGGCUAUUAAAUCCUAAACGUAUGCUGUCGAUAUCUGUCAUCAUUC